CCUGUAUAAGAUGGCACAAAAAGACGAUAGCCUCUUCCUCCUUGAGGUAUUGAUAGACAAAAUUGUAUUAUCAAAAGUUCCAUGUUUCACUGAUAAGGAUUUUAGAACUUGUGUAAGCAUCGAAUGCCCAUCGGUAGAAACUCUCGAGAUUUGUGACGAUGAGACGGGAACUAAUGUGGCGAGAAGUGACGGACCCUUCGUGAAAACUUUCAAUAGCGGAAAAUCAUGUUUGUUCUCUCUUAAAGAAGAUCAGAUCAGUAAAGCCAUGUCUAAAUUUCCGAUUAAUGUAUCAGUUUUUCAAUCUCUGCCUUGCGGAUGUUUACCUUCUAAAGUUGUACUAGGAGAAUGUGUCAUUGAUAUGACCAAAGAAUUUGUUGAAUCUCGUAAUAAAUAUCUAGAAGAUCCCAGUAACGUUAGUUACCAAGCUUUGAAGGACUCGUUUAAGAUAGUCAGCAAAGAUCAGGUUGAAGCAGGAGAAAUCAUAAUGUUUUUACGCAUAUCUUGUUUUGGAAAAUUAAUUGUGACAAAGUUCCAAGGCACAGGUGCAUCAAAUGCUAAAUCAAGUGGAGCUUCAGCUUCAGUAGAUCGUUCAUGUCUGCCUCAAAGAGAAUAUCAGUCCGCUCAAGAUCCUUGUGUUUGCGGAAGUAAAAGAUAUCUAGGAGGUGGAAGUGGACCUUCUUGUACUGUAAGCGGGGCGGCAACCGGCGGAGUAUGCCCACCAGCGCGGGACCCGUUCAAUAGUAUGCCGUGUGAAGAACCUGACGACCCUUGCUUUUGUUCCGGGCCAAAAUCACCAACAAAGCAAAAAAUGAUAUGCAGAAACACCGACCAAUAUUGUUUACACGUACCUAAAGGUACUUCGCUGCAUGAGCCGUUUGGUGAAGAAAACAUAGGGAUAGAUAACCGUAACCUUCAAAGCGAAAUAGAACUAGCAGUUCUAAACUUGUUUAAAAAUAAUAUGAAGAUGGAUCAACAGAGUGAAGACACGUCAAAUAGUGAAAGUUACCAAUGGCUGACGAAUACAAGUAACACGGAGGAAGUGAAAAAAUCAAAUACAGGUACAGCUGAUUUAUUUUCGAAUAGUUCCAUCUGUACUGUGAGCGCAAUAAGAUCGAAAAAUAGAAGUGUUUCUUUUGCAAAAACCAUUGACUAUUUCUGGAACUCACAAAACCAAGCCAUUCGUUUGACUGCAAAAAAAUCCAAUACGCUCAAUGAAACAGAGAAUGUUUUAUUCGGGAAAACUGAGACAACGGUCUAUAUGACUUUGUUAGAAGACUACACUCGUCAACAAAGUACUGGCACACAAGCUACUGGUUCCAUUAAUAAAUGUCUACAAUUCAACAGUAACAAAAUAAUUCCCACAAUAACCUGUGCAAAUAACAACGGUAAACGUUCCAGUACAAAUUUAUUAUAUCUUAACAACAGAAAUGCUAUUCCAAGUCAUAUCCGAAACCAAAGCAUAUAUUUUUUUGGUAAGAAAAAAGAUGGAGUUAAAUUAAAUAAGGGGAUGGGAAGUCAAGAUUCAGUGAAAAGAAGUCAACAUAAGUGCACACCGACAGCCGUUUCGACACAAGCCUGUGCUUCUAAAAGCUGCGUGUCGAUGCAAACGAAUAAAAUUAAAGAAAAUAAUUCAGCCACAGGUCCGAAAUCAGUUACUAUUAAAACUAAUUCUCUAAAACCGUGUCCUGCACUCGGAACGGUCAAAGGCGAUAUGAUGGCUACUGUAUCCCACAUCAAAAUAGCACCUACGCAACCGUGUCCUGUGCAUGGUAAAGAUCCGUGUCAAGGUCCUAGUUGUAUUGCUGCUUCAACUCAAGAAGAACAAGGUACAGUAAAAGUAUCUACAGUAAGCAAUCCACGCCGCGGUGUAUUCGAAUUGGUGAUUCGUAAAAUGACUGGCGCACCGCUGGCGAGAAAUGAAUUGAUGUUAGAGUGGACACCUCCACCGUGCCGCACUCCAUCUUGCGCAGUUCCCGGCUCUUGUCUCGGACCACAAAACAAGCCAUCAUCGUGUCGGCAGUCGAAAUAUAAAAUCAUAACUUGUAGACCAUCAUCGUGUAGACCGAAACAUACCAAUAAAAUUUACAAACGUCCUUGCAGCCCAACACCUGUUCCUAUAUGCCCGGGAUUACCUUGCAAGAGAUGUUGUAGGACAUCGUGUUGCGGAAAAUCGUGCCGCUCCACUCCGACUUGCUUACCAGUAAUAACCUGUUCACCAGAUCCAUCUCCAUGUGUAAGCCCAUGUCCACCCUCGCCUCUUUCCAAAAAUCCUUGCAGGUCCCCAUGCAGUUCUCCCUGUUUGCGACCUUGUCCCGUAGGGCGUAAGCGUCCAAAGCGUGCGCGAAGUCACCCCCGAAUUAAAGCCCACCCUAAACGAAUUUCACCAUGUCUUAACAAAACCAAAGUCUGUCCAGUACUGCGCUGCAAAAGUAUAUUUAUGCCUUGCGUUAGAUGCUGUAAUGUAGUAGCCUGCUACCCGCGUAGAAUUUGCUCAUUGACACCAUGCAAACCUUUGAUGACUUGCAGAAGCGACUGUUCUAUUAAAUGCCGAGACUAAUCAUUAAAUUAAG